AAUGAGUGCGAUAUGUUGACUAUGGUUGGGCCUCAAGAACAUUUCUGCACCUACUUUGUUACAGUGCAGUCAUGUAGCCAGAUAGUGGCUCUGAGGAUGAACACUAAUGAUCGUAUGAGUAAAGUUAAAUGUGUUAAGUGCGAUGUUGUCUACAUCCUUUGUAUUGUUUACGGCAUUUCUCCGGAAGUGAUAUUAAAUUCUGGACAACGAUAAAAGGACUUAAACAAUCAUGGCGGCGUCACUGGAAAACUUGGAGACGCAGCUGGAAAUGUUUAUCGAAAAUGUUAGGCAGAUACGGAUUAUUGUUGGUGAUUUUCAACCUCAAGGACAAAACGUGUUGAACCAAAAAAUUCAGACACUUGUGCACGGCUUGCAAGAAAUUGACAAACUGAAGGGACAGGUGCAAGAUGUCCAUGUUCCUCUGGAAGUGUUUGAUUAUAUUGAUCAAGGCAGAAAUCCACAGCUGUAUACCAAGGACUGUAUAGAAAAGGCACUAGCCAAGAAUGAACAAGUGAAAGGAAAAAUUGAUGCUUACCGCAAAUUCAAAGCACAUUUACUUUUAGAACUGAGUAAUGCAUUCCCAAAUGAACUGGCUAAAUAUCGAGCCAUUCGGGGAGAUGAAAGACCUCUACCUUAGAUUUGUAAAACUCGUGUGAAUGUGACACCUGUGAAAGUGACAGUAAAUUUAUGAUUGUGAGUGAAAUGUUAUUUGACUAUUUUGUGUUGAAAAAUAUAUGUAUAAUGUGUAACAGAAAA